CAAAAAAGGUGGCUGUGCGGGUCCAAUUUUCCAUCUAGAUAGCUUUGCCUUUGGAGAUGAGUAUCAUCACAUUGUUCUUUAACUAGAUUCACCUCUCGAUUAUGAAGUUUUAGCUCAACAGCUCCGGCAGUACUAGAACACCCCCAAUUGUUUCCCAGACUUCUCCAACCUUAAUUUUCCAGGCAACGUUGUGGGUCGACUUACGCCGUGUCAUGAUGACCGCUCCGCCGUUUCUCGCCACUCCCGGUUUUUUAUACAUCUCUACCUCUCUCCCCUCCCGCAGCUUCACUCAAAAACAUCGUCUUUUUCAUCGUCGACCUCCAACUCCAACCUACGAUGGCGAAUGUUCUUGUCCUUCGCACUGUUGUUAUCGUGGCCUUCCUCGCUCUCUCGAACCUCGAGCUCUGCGCCAUUGCUGAUCUUCCAGGACAUGGCCAUGCCGCUUUCAUGGCAGACAUUGCUAAGAAUACCUGGUGUGUGGCAAAGCCAACUGCCGCUGAUAGUUUGCUACAAUUGAACAUUGACUUUGCUUGUAGUAAAGUCAACUGUAGUGUAAUUGAACCCGGUGGUGAAUGCCAAUUACCAGACACUAUAAUGAACCACGCGUCUGUUGCCAUGAAUCUUUACUACCAAUCUUUUGGCAGAACAGAUUUGAGCUGUUAUUUUCAGUCGACCGGCAUGGUUGUGAUUGAAGAUCCAAGUUCUGGAACUUGUGUCUAUGAAGGGGUUGUCCUUGUGAGGGAUGCUGUCCCUGCAAGUAUCAAAAUAAAGAAGGGGGAAAGUAAGGCCUUUUCUGCAACAUCAAUUGGACUUAUGGUGGUGUGGUCGAUCACUGGUUGUGGACUGGUGGCAGUGGCUGUAUAUGUUAUGCUCUGGCUUCGUCAGAACCGCACACCAGUGGUGGGAGUUCCUGUGCACACAUUGCCAGAGCCAUUGUAUUUGCGGCUGGAGCCAUCAGCUCCCCCGCUUCCUGUUUAGGGACAUAUCAUGUUCUCAUAGUAUGAAAAACGGUAGUUGAAAGCCUUAUUCAACAACUUCAGAGUCUUGGUGAACCAACCUCCACUUUCUUUGAUGCGCAUUCUGAAGAUUGAGGGACUGCCUGCACCGCAUGAUGAUGGUUUGUUUUUCUUUAGGAUGGUUUACUCUGGUUUUUUGCCUUUCCAGUGAGUUCUAUACCGCAAGCAGUUUUACUAUGAAAUCUUCCACUGGUCAAAAUAGAAAAAAAAAGAGUCUGGAGUAGUUGGAAAUCCUAGUAUUUUGGUUAACUAGUUUGAGGUUAUUAGAGAUUUUGUCAAAUAGAAGAUGCAUUUAUUUGAGAUGUUCUCUUAUGCAAGCAGGCAACACAGGGUGUGUGAUACUAUGAUGGUUCAACUUUUAUACGAUGUUUCAUUUACUUUCUAAAGCUUAAGAAGGACUUUUACCAUUUCAUGCCGUUUGUAUUAUGGAAGAUUGUUGUCUUAGUUUUACUUUGUUCUAGGUUGCAUCUUGGUUGUUCCUGCCAGGGGAAGCUAAUAUUUCCCCUCUUCUCAUUUCCACCGUGGAUGUUCCACGGAUGCUUACUGGCAGGACAAGGAGAGGCACCACUGUAACUGUAAUUUUGGCGGAAGUGUUUCAUUUCCUCGACAGAUUCAAGUAUACCAUUUAAUCAUUUGUACAUUCUGAACUACAACUUUGCAAUUAAUAGUACUCUGACUGCAUUAGUUUUUGCAACUUAGCUGGUUAUGGUAGCUGCAAAUACGACCAUAAGAAAUGCAGUAUCGGGUGGUUUGUCGAAACAUGAAUAGAGAUGAGAGAGUAAGCCUAGUUUGUG